AUGCCGCAAACGGCCGCCGAGGAUUCUACCCGGCCCACCUCUGGGGAAGAUGAACUCACUGCAAAAAUCGAAGCAGUUAUGGAGGACCGACGAGUUCCUGGCGCGGUGGUAGGAGCCUACCGUGGCGAAACGUCACUCUACGAGCAAGCCAUCGGGCUAAGUUCGGUGGACCCCGAAACUCCCCUCUCGCUCAAUCACACCUUCCGUAUCGGCAGUGUUACCAAGACCUUCUUAGGCGUCGUUGCGUUGCAACUCGUCGACGAAGGCAAGCUGUCUCUUGAUAACCAUCUAGCGGAUUACCUCCCCGACUUUCCCCAGGCCGAAAAGAUCACUUUGCAGGAUCUCGGCACGAUGAUGGCCGGCACGAAGGAUCCGCUCCAUUCGCCCAGAUUCAAGUUACGAGCCCAGAUUCAGGCAAAUAAGGCAUGGACGGCCGACGAGCUGAUCGACUUCGCCGCUGAGCAGCCUCCGUGGGCCGACCAGAUUGGAAAAGAGUGGCAUUAUUCGAACAUGGCGGCCAUUUUGCUGGCUCAGGUCAUCGAGAAAGCAACCGAAAAUUCGUUUGAAAACGAACUGCAGAACCGAAUUCUCAAGCCCUUGCAACUCGAAAAAACAGGAUACGAACUGACGAACGAGCUGCCAGAGCCAUUCGCACACGGCUACUCGUACACCCCGGUGGGCCGGCACUUGUCGCGUGGAGAUAAAGAGAUUCGGGACGUCUCGGACAUCAAUCCUUCGAUAUGGAACGCAGCCGGGGCGAUGUACUCGACGUUGCCCGACCUCAGAGUUUUUGCCCGCGCAUUAGGACGUGGAGAACUAGUUUCUGAGGCAAGUCACAAGAUGCAAACCAACUUGCGAGCGAUCCCCUGGGAAGGUCACGAGUACGGCUUCUUACUCAUCAAAGUCCACGGGCUGCUCGGCCACGGGGGAGAUGUUCCCGGGUACCACUGUUUCAUGGGCUAUCGACCAGAAGACGACCUGACGAUUGUCGUGCUGACGAACAUACACGCCUGGUCGAUUGAUACCGAGCCCGCGAAAGAAAUCGCCAUAUGGCCCAGGCAUGCGUCUCGUCCGCGAGCCAUCGCCAAACGACGAGCCUUCGUUAAACAGCGUUUUUUGCCUGAAGGCUGGCUAGUGAACCCCAGGUUCCGAAAUCACAUUCAUCCACAGGAGACCCUCAUGCGCAAUUUUGUAUUCAUGUUGACCGUUUGCAGUUCACUUUUUGUCCAUUCUUUCGUGGUGGCAGCCCCGGCCUCUCUUCCGCUGAGCGGAACAGCCGACGGAAGCAGCCGCUGGUACGAGUACUUUUCCGAUGGCUUUGCUCAACUCGACCAAGGCUUUGGCGGGAACCCUGCCUUGGACGGAUUCUUUCUCAUUAGUUCUUUGCCUGCCUUUGAUCCGAUUGGCGGUGGGGCCAACGUUUUCCCGAACGAAGCAGCCUUUAAUCUUGGAACGAUCAGCUACGACGACGCAGGGCUUUCCGGUUCGGGUCUCGAGAACACGCCCAUUACCGGCUACACGGUCGACAUGGCGCUCAACAUUGCCGAUGACGAUGCCAUUGUGAGCCAGGGUUACACGACAACCCUCCAGAAUGUUGCCGGCAGUCUCACCUUCUUCAAUGGUGCUCUGGCCGCCGUGAACAUGACCAGUGACAUCGUCUUCACCUACGACUUCUCAGGUUUCGGAGGCGGUCUUCUCGAUUUCACGGGCGCGUUCGACUUCAACGGCGAUUCGUUCGAACUGUUGGUAGACAACGAAUCGUACCCCAGCGGAUUCGGCGCCGACAUCAAGUACGCCUGGGAAAGCACCGGAAGUAUUGACGGACUGGCCGCGGUGCCCGAGCCGGGAACCUUCGCCCUCUUGGCAUGCGGUGGAUUCUCGCUGGUGGUGGGAGCCCUCAUGCGAAAUCGCAAUGCAGCUCCCGUCAGCGUGGAUCUCAGUGGGACCGAUCACACGGGCGUUCUCUCGAUGUCCAACCUAAAAAAUUGGGCGACAGAACCGGACAUCGUCACCCAGUCCCCUUAUCCGUACUUCUACGACAGCGGCGCGGGGCUCUGGAAGAGCAUUGCGGCCGAGCCGCUCUCACCUACAACUACCUAUGUCGAGGAAGGAAGCUUCACGGUCGUCAACAAGAUCUUGAGUGAUGCCGACUUUUCCACUCGCUCGAGUGGAACCAUCGACUACGAUGAUGGGCCGCUUACCGGAUCCGGUCCCGAAACGGUCGGCGCUGGUGACGUAUCGUUCACCUUCAACGAAGAUGGAUUUUCGCCAUUCUACUCGCCCAACAAUGCGGGCUCUGGCUUCGGCAAUUUCGGUUGGGCCUAUGUGAUUACGGCCAACAACAUCAGCGGCACCGGACUCUCGUUCGUCGAUGGCCAGCUCGUCUCGAUCGACCUGACUGCUGACAUCAACAUCUUGGUUCAAUUCGGCGACAACCCAGCCUUGGUGUUCAACGAAGCCGGCCCUAGCACAGCGCCGGCCGUUUAUGCCGGAUCUUUGAACAUCACCGGGAAUAGCUUUGCCUUCGACGUCGACGUCACUAAGGCGGUCGAUUCCGCCCUGGGCUCAUUUGCGGAAACGAACGUCGCCUCACCGCUACGACUCGAGGAGGAUCCUCGUCCGGGCCAGCGGCACGGAUGCCGUCGUGGCUUCACGCUGGUCGAGUUACUUGUAGUGAUCGCCAUCAUCGGAUUGUUGAUCGCGAUUCUUCUGCCGGCUGUGCAAGCCGCCAGAGAAGCGGCUCGACGUACUUCGUGCUUGAACAAUCUGAAGCAAGUUGGGCUCGGGCUACACAACUUCGCAAAUCUGAAAGACGAACUACCGGUGGGCUACGAGUUCACCAUCUCUGAAGAUGACGAAGUCGGAAAUAGCGGCGCGGUGGUCAAUGGUUUCUUCACGAUUAUCCUGCCUUACCUCGAACAGGCACCUUUGGAGACCACCUACAACUACGAGCAAGGCUACGACCACGAAGUAAAUCAACCGGCGGUCAACACUCCUAUCGCAAUUUUCCAAUGUCCAUCGACGCCGGGCGACCGCCAGAUGGAGAUUGUUAAUUUGCUGGCCGCUUACGCCGCCGGCACGCCGAAGCAGGGGCACACCGGCCAGGCGACUGACUACUUCGGAGUUCGCAUUAUCCACGAUUCCACAGGCACUAGGGGCAAAGGUGUAUUCGUCGGACUCUUUCCACCAAUUGUCGGAGGAGAGCCCGAAUACCCGGUGAAGUUAGCUCACAUCACCGACGGACUCUCGCACACCAUGAUGUUAGUCGAGAUGGCUGGCCGACCAACGCGAUACAUCGGUGGCUUCGAUACCGGCAAACACGAUUACUACGCCGGUACUUGGGCCGGGGUAAACGGAGAAAUGCUCUACUCGAUUCGCCCCGACUCCGAGACAGCCCCAAUACACGGCGACUGCUUUAUGAACUGCCACAACCUCUACACGCCAUACAGUUUUCACCCCAACGGUGUGACGAUGAUGCUCUGCGAUGGAUCUGCCCGCUUUGUCGCCGACACGAUCGACUUCAAAGUACUGUGGGCUCUCGUGCAGUAUCAAGAUGGCCAGGUUGUGAAGGAUUACUAA